AUGGCGAAAGUGUGCACGAGGCCCCCUCGGAAAGUGCUCGGAGGUGGGCCCGCCUACGCCGCCAUCUGUAGCGACGUGAUAAGACUUCCGCCCGCUCCAAUCUCUCCUUGUCUUUCUGCUGCACACAUUUUUGCCCCGCGCGCGACUGUUUUCGUCACGCCGUCAGCUCCGAAAAUAACAUCGAAACUAUUUUUUUAUUCUGAUUCUUCAGAUGAAUCCUUCUCUCAACUGCUACGUCGGUGAGCCGACUUCUUCUAUUCGAAGGAUUUUGCCGUAAGUUUCUUUUUUUCUAUUUUUACUUCUUCAUAAAAUUGGUUAACAUGCAAUUCUACGUUUGAAGAUCAAUAGAGCUCAAAAAAAUUAGAAAAAAAUGUGAAAAAUCCAAAAAAAUUAAAAAAAUUUUUUUUUCUUCUUUAAAAAAAUGAUGUACUAAAUGAAAACACUCAAUUUUCGGUUUUUAAAAGCUUCAAAAUAUCAUGUUAACUUCAAUUAUCAUUUUAUUAUCCAACUUCCCUCAGAAAUUGAAGAAUAAAUCUAAAAAAAGUUCGGAGAAAAGCUUUUUGCGUCGAAAAUUUGACUAAAAUUCUUCAUAAAACCUUAAAAUUUCAAGUAAAUUUCUGGAUCCCUGUCUAAACCUCCACAUAAAUGAUGAUUUUUUUCACCUUCUAUCAAAGUUUUUUUCACUAAAAAUAUACCUUUUUCAUUACAAAAAGUGAAAAUUUCUGUAAAAAAAUCAAUGAUUUUUUUCAUUCAGCGAUUAUUUGACAAGAUCUAUUUUUAAUUAAGUAAAUUUCACAUCAUUUAAGCUUAAAAAAAUAAUUAAAAAAAGGUCUUCUUUUUCGUUUUCUUUUUUUGAACUAUCAAAAAAAUCCACCCCGUUGAUCAAUAUUUAUCAUUUUCAGCUAACCCUUGACCAUGUAGAUUUCGAUUUUUUUUAUAAUUUUAAUUUUUGUGUUACUCGAUUUAUAAUACCAUAUUAAAUAUUUCUUACAGUAAUCUCAAGUCUUACGGUAAUCAAAAUAAAAUUUAUCCUGGUAUUUUUCGGUUUUUUUCCAUACUGAAAAAUUGCGAAUUUUUCGGCUUUUUUUCCAUAUUGAAAAAAAUGGCUUAUUUCAAGUAAAAAUUUUUUUAUUAUUUAAUUUAAUUUAUUCCACUAACUAUUUUUUUAAUAAUUUAUUAACCCAAUAUUUUUUUCCAUUAAUCUCAGGUACUCAAAUUUAUUUUCCUGAAGCUCCUUUUCAAAAAAAACCAUCCAUCUCAACUUCUACUAACUUAAAAUGAUGAAAUCGAAACUUUUUCCCUUUCCGUCCACAGUAACCUCUAGAAUCUCCCAUUUCUGAAGGUCUGGCUGACUAUUUGAGCUGAUAAGUGCGCGAAGAAAAAAAAAAGUUUGACCGAUCAUUGAGAAAAAUCGAGUGAUCAAUUAGGAAAUUAAUAUUACAGGGUUGAAAACGAGCUUCUCGUGCCCCCAUUGGUUCCGCCUCGGACUCACCCGGUUCAUCUGAGGAAUCGGGCCGCCCGAGAAUGUCCCGAAUGGCUGCCGGUGUGUUUUUUUUUUUAAUAUGCGCCAACAGAGACACAUUUUGAAGGUACUGAGAUAAAAGCUCUAGUGGCCACUUAAGAGGUUUCCGCAGGAUUACUUGUAGGGAUCACUAUAGGGGCCACUAAAGCCACUAUUUUGCGUCUUAAUGUCCGCUAGAGUAGUUCCAAGGAAACCACAACUCCUAGACAAGUCUUUUUAGUCCCUAAGUGGUCCUUAUUUUGACCACUAUAGGGGCCACAACCUCAAUAGAAGCCACUAUUUUGCGUCUUAGUGACCACUAGAGUAGUUUUAAGGGGUCUAACAGUACCACUUAGACUCCUAAAGAGGUCACUUAAUUUUAGUCCGCAAGUGAUCUCUAUUCGGACUACUAUAGGGGUCAUUCAAACGUCAAAACCCUAAAGAGGCCACUAAAUUCUAGUCAUUUAAGUGACUACUAAUUUGACUGCUUCAGGAAAAUUCGUGUAGAAACCUUAAAAAACCGGAAUAACGGCUCAUCGUCUCGAGACCUUGGUCCAUGCGCCUUUAAAAAUCUUAGUUAAAAAUUUCCUGAUCAAACUACAAACUCUCCAUGAUUUCUCACAAAAUACAUUCUAUUAAGUUUCGUCACCCUUGUUUACAAACAAACAAUGCUCAUCUCGAGUUACUAAAUCAGUGAUAAGGGGAAAAAUACAACAAGAAUGACAUCAUGAUUAUCAAUUUUUGUGACAAGGAAACCAACUUUGAUGAUUCAGCCAGACGAGCCGAUGACGUGUCGAAGUCGACAAUGUUCUAGUGUCGGAUUUGUGGACAUCGACGACCUCAAAAAGUUCCAGGAACUCGUGAGUUUUGCCUGAAAAUUAAUAGGAACCUUUAAAAAUCCCAAAAAAUAAAUUGAAAAUCAAAAUCCUCGUUCUCCUAAAAAUCAACCUUUUUUUCAAUUUUUUUAAAAUUAAAAUCCUCGUUCUCCUCAAAAAAAUCAACCUUUUUUUCGAUUUUCUUCAUCUUUUCAAUGUACCCUUCCCCUGUUCUCCAUUAUUGUAUGAACCUUCAAAAAAAUAAAAAAAUUCCAAAAAAAUAAAAUUUUUUUCAAAAACUUCAAAAACUUCCACUGACUCUUAAAAACCACAAAAAAAUUCAAAAAAAUAAUUUUUUUCGAAAAAAAUCGAUAUAAGUCCCGGAAAUGUUUAUUUUUUUCUUAUCAGCUUUUUUUCUUUGACGAAAAAUGCCCUAUCAGCUCUUGAUUCACCAGAAAUUUCGCUGAACGGGAAGUUGGGAUUAAAAUUUUUUUGAGAAUGAGAUAGUGGUAGUUGUGUGAAGAUUAUAACUUUUUUUAUAAUUCCGAAAAAAACUUCGUAGAAUCGAAAAAAACAAAGGAAAGAAAAAAAUCAAUAAAUCAAAAUUUACUUCAAAAAUCUCAAAAAAGCUUCCAUCUUUACAAAAAAAGUAUUGAAAAAUUUGAGAAAAAUUUUUUUUUUAAUUUUUAAAGAGUUUCAGAGUGGUCCCUAUAGGGGUUAGAAGAAAAACAGCCCAUAUAGGGGCCGAAAAAGUGGUCCCUAUAGGGGUUUAAGUCUGACCACCUUAAAGCUUGAGUGCUCUCUAUAGGGGUCUUCCAACUUCGUUUAAAAACCCUUAUUUAUUUAAUUUUUCGCAUUCGCAUAGAGUACGUAAAAAUUAUCGAUUAGCAUGUCCCCUAUAGGGGCCACUUCUGCAAGCUUAGUGGCCUCUAUAGGGACUGGCAAAGUGGUCCCUAGGCCCCUAAGAAGUUCCUAAUUUUAGGACAUUCAAAAGCAGAUUUUCAACGAAGGAAAGUUGCGAUUUGAGCGGUCACUUUAGGGAAUUUAAAAAAAUUGAUAUUUUUUUUCUUUUUAAGAUCAUUUUUUUCAACCCUUUUUUUCAUGUUCUUCUAAGGUAAGAUAAACAAAAAAACGCUGAAGAAUUUGAAAUUUCUGAGAACCAAAAAGUUCAUGAACCCUUCAAACUUUUUUUAAUUUCCAUUUAUAAACUCAAUUUUUCAUUAAAAAGAUGAAGCUUCUAGCGUUACUCAAGUAUCAGAAAAGUAAAAUCUAAGCAAUUUGUAGCCCCCCUGGAACGUUACCCUACAGUACUCCAAAAAAAGCAGUACUAUUACAGUAAGACUAAAAGUAAUGCCGGGGGAGAGGGCUUCAUACUGCUAAUCUAGACUGAAAAAAUCAUAAAAACCUUCAAAUAAACCCUAAAUUCUUCAGAUGAAGUCUCUAGUGUUACUCAAGUGAUUAAAAAAGUAAAAUCUAAGCAGUUUGUAGCCUGGAACGUUACCCUACCGUACGCCAAACUACAGUACUAGUACAGUAAGACUACAGUAGUGCCGGACUACUAAUCUAGACUUAAAAAAAUCAUGAAAACCUUCAAAAAUUCCAGGAAGACGAGAAAAAAGGGCCGUUGGUCGUGUUGCGGAGCUGGUUCAAGACGUCUCCGAGCCGUGAGCUGGAAAGUCACAUCAACCCCGGCUUCCGGCACUCUUCCACCUCCUACGGCUCGUUCCGGAGUCUGCCCCCGCAACUGCCGCUCCGGCGCAAGAAACGGACCAUUUUCCGGCGAUUACUGUCCUGUUUCAACUUGUUCCACGAAUAA